UGGCUUCAAUUAUUCUUUUCCUACCAGUCUUUUCAAACACCAUAAUAAACCUGCCUCAUUUCUUGUUCUUAUGCUAAAAGUACAAGGUUUAUCAAAAUGAGCUGCAAUGGCUGUAGAAUUCUUCGAAAAGGUUGCAGUGAAAAUUGUAUGCUUAGACAAAGCUUACAAUGUAUAGAGAACCCACAAGCUCAAGCACACGCCACCGUUUUUGUUGCUAAGUUCUUUGGCCGUGCCGGACUUAUGUCAUUUCUCUCCUCCGUCGCUAGUCCUCAAAGACCUGCUUUGUUUCAGUCGCUUUUGUUUGAAGCAGUGGGACGGGCAAUUAAUCCGGUGAGUGGAGCCGUGGGGUUGUUAUGGACAGGGAACUGGAACGUCUGUCAGUCGGCCGUACAAACGGUGCUCCAAGGCGGCACGUUGCAGCCGUUGCCUGAAUUUAGUGGUGGGGUUUCAGGAUCGGAUUUUGAGGAUGUUGGAGAAACGGUCGGUGUUGGCGGCGGCGGCGGUGGUGGGGGACCGUGUAUCCAGUCGGGAGGUUUCGUUGACAUUGUUAAAUGUAAAGCAUCUGAUCUCAAUCUCUGCUUGAUGAUCGGCGACGAUGAUAGAGCGGUUAAAAGGAGAAGGGAAUCUACGUCGUCGGAAGAGUCCGAAACGACGACGUUGGGAAGCCGGUUUUCUGGAGAUGGUAAUAGUUCAAAUGUCAGCGGCGGCGCCGACGGUGAAAGAAAGCUUUUAAGACUGUUCAUUUGAGAUUUUUUUUUUUCUUCUUCUUCACAUUUUGUCUAUGUAAUUUUGAUUAUAAUUGAACGCCUGUAUGAGCUAUGAUCUUUUGUUUCUAUUUUCGACAAUGAAGGAUGAAGUUCGAUCAAAUUUUAUAAAA